GUGCAGUGUAAUAUCACAGUUGUUAAUUAGUAGUAUUGUGUUCAGUCUGUCAUUCCGAGUUGACAAAAUCAUUACCGGGAGAUUCUAAUGUGUAAAUUAUUUUUUAUUUUGAGUAAAAUCUACUGUUCAGUUAUUAAAUGUUGCCGUAUUUAGAUUUUCUUAUACGUAACCAUUCGAAGAAAAUGGCUGGCUGCCUAAACAGAAGUCUAGGGAAUAUGACAACAGAACCACCACCGGAUUUGUCCCCGCAGGCCUUUUUAGAAAGACAAAUACAUUUCUAUUUUAUGGAAGUUGGAGUGCCAGUUGUCUGUGCAUUUGGAUUAGUCGGAAAUUUACUUAAUCUUCUCGUUCUAACAAAGGAGAAAAUUCAUAGAUCUCUUACUAAAAUGGAAAAGUCAGCACAUCUAGGACUGAUUGGAUUAGCAGUGUCUGAUUUUAUGUUCUGCCUUCUAGCCUUGUUAUUCACAUUAAUGCCUAGUCAAUCUAAUUACACCGAACAAAACGCAAUCCUCUAUUAUGAGUGGUUGGGAGGUAGUCUUAUUACAGUCUUCAUCAUCACAAGCACGUGUCUAAUUGUAGUUAUGGCCGGAGAGAGAUAUUUAGCAGUGUGUCAUCCAUUCAAAGCUAGAAAAAUAAUAUCAUUAAAGAAGACAAAAAUUACAAUUUUCCUUGUAUAUAUGUUGUGUAUGAUAUUUUCUAUACCUCUUUUCUUCGAAAAUAUCCUUAAAAAGACAAAAUGUGUAGAUAAUACUGUUUUGUACGAAAUAACAGUUCGAAAGGAAUAUGGGCGUGAUAAGAUAGCUUUACGUAGAAUGAUCUGGGCUUUACUUUUCGAUUUCAUUCCAUGUGCGGCUUUGUUAUAUUUCAAUGCUUGUCUGAUCUACAGAAUACACAGAGCAAAGAAAUUAAGGAAGCAAAUGGUAAAUGGACACGACGGAAAUAGGUGUCGCUUUAAUAGCACUACCACUUCCGUUACAACUCCAACAAGCGAUCCAGAUCUGUACUCAACAGUUUCAUCGAAAACACGAAGUCGUCUUAUUAAACCAAAACGAAAACAGUCUGAUAACGCAUUGAACAGUGUCACUGCUACUCUUGUAGCCGUUGUUGUGUUGUUCCUUAUACUUGUUUCACCAUCAGAAGUACUGAAAUUUAUAUAUACGAAAGUCACAAAUGAAACACACGGUAAGAACUAUACACUGGAAAUAAUAAAACAUGUGACAAAUUUCAUGCAGGCAUUGAACUUCUCUGUUAACUUUGUGUUAUACUGUGCUGUGAAUAAGUCUUUUAGAAAAACACUGAAAAACAUUUUCUGUUUCUGCGACCAUCACAGUACACAUUACCACAGAUCGCACAACGAUGUCAAGUUAGGGAACAUGGUUCCUCUGUUUAAGAACAAUGUGUCAUAAUAUUAGGGAUAUUAUAUUAAAACUUGCUCAUAUUCAGUAUCCAGU